AUGGUACACAGCUGUAUAGUUCGUGGUUGUAGAAGUGAAUGGUAUCCUGGAUGCGAUCUAAAAUUUCACUUAUUUCCGAAAAAUAUUAAAAGAAGAGAGAAGUGGUUGUCAAUUGUGCCCAUAAAAAAACAAUUUUAUGAAAGUGCUAAAAUAUGUAGUUUACACUUUAAGCCAACAGAUUAUAACUGUUAUGAAACUGGAAAGACCUUGACUCAUACAGCAAUUCCAUUCUUUGAAGAAAAUUUACCCACAUCAUCACCAGUUGAGAAUGAAAAUGGAUGUAUCUUCUUAACACUUUCUACUACAACAUCUCAUUCCAAUAAAGAGCUAUAUGAAGCAAAUGACAAUAAUGAAGAAUGUACAAAUCGCCGAAAAUACCUACAUGAUAAGGACAUUAUAAGAGAUAUGAAUUCAGUAGUACCAAUUAUUAAUUGCCCCAGUACACUAUCUUCUCUUAUUCAGGUAGCUGACGAAAACACACGUCGUGUAUGUAAAGAAAAAGGCAUACAAGUAAAGCUUACAAGUAACCGAGAAAAAAUGUUACAGAAACACAACAAAAUGUUAGAUGAAAAAAUUAAAAAACAAAAAAAGUACAUUGCUCAUAUGAAAUCUUUAUUAGGCGCCGUAAAGGAGUAUACGACCCGGUCGGAAAUAGAAAAUAUUAUUACAGGAAAUUUUGCUGAACUCAGUAAAUUAUUUACUAAGUCAAAUCCCCAAAGUCCACGAUAUUGCAAUGAGGUUAAAGACUUUGCACUGACGGUUCACUUUUAUUCUCCUAAAGCAUAUGACUUUUUAAGAAGUUAUGUAGCCUUACCUAGAGCUGACACUUUAAAGAGA